CAGAAGUUAAUUUACAAAUCCGUUACAUCGAUGUUACGAUGCAGGUGCAUCUCUAGAGAAGUCUAGUGUGUGUGAUGUUAUAGUUGUUGUCUAUGUUUGUGUAAAUGUAUUCAAUUUAGUGGAAUGAGUCCGUUUUACGUUUUUUUUUUUGUUAAAUAAUCUAGUUUUUAUGUGACAUUGCGACUAUAAAUGAAUUUACAGUGAAUAUUAAACCUGUGCUAACCUGAAGUGUUAAUUAAAUCUUCGUUGGUACGGUCAUUAAUUCAAUAAAGAGUGGAACAACCUUUAAUUAAGUACUGGCUGUGGCUAUAAACAAACAUCUGUAGAUGUGUGCCUACACUUGUUGCACCCACUUUCAAAAAUAUAGAGAUUCAGUUUACCUGUUUGUGAGAAAGUGAACUUAUCUUAUUUACAUGUCAUAGAAUACAUUUUGUGAUCAUUUACCGUUACGACUGCCUAGUGAAUGUGAGAAAUGUGGUAUGAUAUUGUCAUCGUUAACGUUCGUUACGAUGCACCUGCAGCACAUAUCAUUACAUUGAGCCGAGUGCAUCGCGAUUGCUAACAAGGUCUGACGGAAGGCUAAUUGAAAUCCAGUUAUUUGUUACGUGUUCUAUGGCGCAGGUAAAAAAAUACACGAAUCGACAAGUCAGUGAGGAGUCAGUCCCAAAAUGACUCAUACGUGGUCACUGGCAUUCCUGUAUUGUUUUGUUUUUACGGAAUGCCAUAUCGAUGAGUAAAUUGCGAGAAGAAUGAAAGAAAAAAGGAAUAAUUAUCUAUGAAGAUAAGGGAGACAAAGUGUUCUUUAUUUGAAAAUUUUAAGAAGUUCUGUUUAGUUUGGCGCGAACAUGAGUGAAUUUUAGCAGUGUUGUGCGUAAAAUGUGUUGAAUAUAGUGUUUUGUAAUAAAAAUUGCCAUGGCUCAGAGUUCUGUGGACUCGGACAGGCUGUCCUCAGCAGGGAUCUCCACCCAUAGCUCUGGAACUGCAGGGACAGUGGGUGGUUCUGUAGUUGGUGUGAGACCCGGUGAAGCUGUGCUUAAAAGGGAGGAUGAGGAUGAAUAUAACCUGGGACCACUGCCUCCCAUGUGGGAGAAAGCUUUUACACCCUCAGGAGAGGUGUAUUUCAUUGACCAUAACACAGGAACUUCUCACUGGUUGGAUCCAAGACUAGCAAGGGUGAGAAAACACUCCCUCGGAGAGUGUGGAGAAGAUGAACUACCCUUUGGCUGGGAACGAGUAACUGAUGAAAGAUACGGAUCUUAUUAUGUCGACCAUAUUAAUAGAAGGACACAGUAUGAAAACCCAGUGCUGCAAGCGAGGAGAUUGAGAGCGGAGAAAUUAUCAUCGGAACACAGUGGUAACAGCCAGUCUAACGGGCCUACGCCCACUGGGGAACUUCGAGGCGAGAGAUUCACACUCACACUCACUAAAGGCACACAGGGUCUAGGCUUUACCUUAAUCGGCGCUGAAGGUAUACCGGAGACAGAAGGUUACCUUCAAAUACGUAGUAUAGUGCCGCACAGUCCAGCUUGGAUUGAUGGAGCGCUUCGUCCUGGUGACGUAGUGGUAGGAGUGGGAAAUCGCGGCGUGAGAGGGUUAUCCCACGCACAUGUUGCUCAAAUCUUCCAGUCCAUCACACUCGGCACUGACGUCACGCUGCAUCUUGUGAGAGGUUAUCCUCUAUCAUUUGACUCAGAAGACCCAAACACGCGAGUGUUGAGCACGCUAGCAGUAGACGCGACCACCCCUGCCACUUCAGAUGCUGUUGCCAUGCAGCAGCUCACCAGGGCUUUGAGGACCAGAUCGGCCUACAAUUCCAGGUUUAACCUGGAUUCUCCGAACCACGAGCCUCCGUCCCAAGUUCGGGACAAAGUGGACAGUGGACCAACCCCCCACAGUCCUGGGCAGAGGAGGAUGAUGUCCAGGUCCUUUGAUCUGGAUGAACUGACUAUAAAUGAUGAUAAUCAGGAGCUUCCAAGAUGUCCGUCUUUGGACCAUGUGCUGUCUUUGGCUAGUGAACAUCAAUCUCGAGCAGACAACAGCACUUCAAAUGAACCGGGUCGGGAACUAGUGUUAACUCUACGCCGCGGUGCCGCUGGCUUUGGGUUCACCAUCGCCGACAGUGUGCACGGACAGAAAGUUAAAAAGGUACUAGAUCGUAGUAGAUGCGCGGGUCUACGAGAAGGGGACUUGUUGCUUCAGAUAGGAGAAACUGAGGUCCGUCAUGCGCCUCACCAACAUGUUGUACAGGUACUAAAAGACUGUCCAGCGAUGCAUGAGACGACGCUGCGAGUGUGGCGACGUAACAAUGCCGCCGCUAGAGCGCCUAGGAGUCGGUCCGCUACGCGAGUACAACCUGUUUCUACUGCAUCAAACAACAAUCUAAUCAGAAGUAAGACGCCGACUGCAGAACAACUGCGCUCUCCAAAUCUUCACACUCAAGACUCCCUAAGAGAUCGACUAAAUGGCAUGAACUCAGAAGCAACAUACGCAGUCCCCGAACACAAAAACCGCGAACGAGAAAGCCUAAUAGACCGGCGACGACGGAGCAGCACUCCCGGGGGACGUCUCACCCUACCCGUCGUCACCCCCUGGACCGAACCACAACCAGACAACCAGUGGCAGGAACGAGAGACAUGGGUCGACAACUCCAACAUACGCAACUGGGCAGAAAACGCACAAAAGUGGGACGAAAACGGACAAAAAUGGGACGAGAACGGACAGAAAUGGGAACAGAACGGACAGAAGUGGGACGAGAACGGUCAAAAAUGGGUCGAAAACGGACAGAAAUGGCAGGAGAAUGGGCAGAAAUGGGAAGAAAAUGGACAGAAGUGGGUGGAGAAUGGACAGAAAUGGGACGAGAGUGCUAAUGGGAAUAGGUGGGAGAAUAACGAGAGGUGGGGCAAUGGAAAUUGGGGGGAGGUGCCUACCCCCACUGUGCAUGUUGAUAUGAAUGCCGCUUAUUGGAGGGGGAACGCUAGUGUAGCAGAUAGCAGUGAUAAUGGAGGUUUUCCAGAAGACGGUAUGCUACAUUCUCCAACGACGGCGGCUAUGGGUGGUCUGACUAGGCAGUCUCCUUCCACCAGCAGAAUAAGACCACAUUCACCAUCUAAUUCCACUGGUCGGCUCCGCAGUCACUCGCCGUCCAACACGAGUGCCACAGACCGGCUGCUGUCGAACUCGCCAUCCACGCGGCUGCAGAGCCAGUCGCCUUCCAACAACUCUUCUAACAGCAGAAUCAAGUCUUCUCCUCUUAGGCUACGAGAAUCUUCACCAUCCCGUCACAUGCACUCGCCAGUGUCGCGGCAGUCGCCAUCAUGUUAUGAGAAUGAAACGCAACCCAACACGCUGUAUGUUGCCAACUAUCCACAGGUGGAAGCCGGUGGCGCAGGUGGACAAGACCCGGAAGCCGAUGUGUUAGUGCGGUUAGCACGAGGAGCUGCCGGCUUCGGCUUUCGCAUAGUCGGCGGCACUGAAGACGGCAGCCGAGUUGCUGUUGGCUAUGUUGUUCCAGGCGGUCCAGCAGACGGGCUGCUGCGUCCCGGCGACCUGCUGACGUCGGUGGACGGCAUCCCGCUGGGCGGCGCCACGCACACCCGCGCCGUCUCAUACGUCUGCCAGGCCGCUUCUAGAGGACACGUAACAUUAGGAGUGAGGCACAAUCGGGCUGAUAUUCAGCCUCUGGGUCUGCCUACGAUGGUGGCGCCACAUCCACACCAACCAUUAUUAACGAGGUCAGAAUACAAAAUCUGGCUAAAAUCUCGUGCAAGACGCCGAUUGAGCGCGGAUCCUGCGAUGCAUCACAACAUGCCGCCUGUUUCAUACAACAUACUGCACCCCGCGCCCAUGUACCCGCCUGCCGCGCAUGUACCAAUGUACGGUGUCCAAUAUGACCAAACUACCGGAGGAUGGGCAUCAGUUCCUUACGACGUGACCGUCACCAGGAAUGAAGGAGAAGGCUUUGGCUUUGUCGUCAUUUCGUCCGCUAACAAGGCUACCAGUACUAUUGGGCAACUGAUCCCGAACUCGCCAGCAGCUCGAUGUGGUCUCCUGCACGUGGGAGACACGAUAGUGGGCAUCAACCACGUCUCCAUCCGCAACCUGCCGCACCCUGAGGUGGUGGCGCUCAUCAAGCACUCCGGCACUGCCGUCACACUCACCGUGCUGCCCGACGGACGUCACCACUGACACCACACUGACCGACACACAGCACCACGUUCAUCAAACUGACCGACGCACGGUACCGCUGACACCAUACUGACCGACACAUGGUACCACUGACACCAAACUGACCGACACACAGUACCGCUGACACCAUACUGACCGACGCACGAUACCGCUGAUACCACACUGACCGACACGCAGCACCACUGACACAUCAACCAGAAACAAGAAGAAAGAAGUAACUACCAAUAAAAAUAUAUUUAGUCAUGGAAAUUAAGGUAUGUAUGUAUCCACUACAUAUACAAAGACUAAAGUCAUACCUUUUGCGGUCAAGUCAGAAUUUGGUCUAACGCUAAGCCGCAAUCUCUUCAUAAUCUCAGAUUUACAUAGUAAUCUCAAAAAACUGAAUAUCAAUUUCUGGGUAUUCUAAGUACAUAAUAUUUGUUUACAGUAUCCCACGAUAUCAUAAUCGAAAUGAAUGCUAUUGCAAUAUUACUACUAUUAAUGGGUAAUAAUUAAUGAAACAUGGGGAUUAAUCACUUGUUUUACUUAUCAAUGGUAUAAUCUAUGAAUCCUGUAUCUUCCAUAUAAGGGAUAUGUAAAAGAAUUAAUGAUAAAAAAAUCGAUUCAUACAGAGAAAUAAAAAAGCAAUAUUUGCUCAUACAUUGCGAAGGUUAAAGCCGAAGCAAAAUACUAAACAAUUUAAGAAAAAUAUAGCUUUAAUAAAAGAAUAUCUACAGUAGUUUUUAAGUGAUAAUUUUAAGUAAUUCAAUCGUUUAUGUAUAUUGCAACCGGCAGCUAAUGUUACGUCCUUGCUCAAUCUGUAUUUACCUUUUCUAAAUAAAAUAGGAAUAUAUUUUUAGCAAAAUCCUUUACCUAUCCUAUUUGACAUGGAAAGUAAUUUUACUAGUUUGUAUUUUUUUCAUUUCUACAUGCCUAGAGUAAAAAUGGCGACUUGCAAAUAACUUCUGACCAUUAGUUUCCAAUCAAAGUUUUCCGACUCGUACUUUUGCUGAUAGCUCUAUUAGUUUUACUGUCCUGUUAUCAUGCACUCGACUGUUCUCGCCAAACUUAAUGGCGGCUCGCAAGUUAUUUCCGAUCUCAAGUAAACUCAUAUGGCACAUUCGAAUUGAUAUUUUUGGGAAAUCUGUUUUUUUUUGCGGAGUUAUUCUCUCAAAUUUACAAACCGCAUUAAGUUUGGCAAGAACGCAGUUGUUUGUUUUUUAUACUUAUAAGUAUGAAAUGUAGUGUAAUUCAUAAAUAUACACUAUAAAAUCAGGCUCAUAUGAUAUCUUCCUAAGAAACCCGUUGUGAAUCUCUUAAUCUGUAUAUAUUUACUUACUUAAUGUAAGUUAGCUUCUAAGUAAAACUUAGCUAUAAAUUAAGGCAGUCAUACAAAAAUCUAGGCAGGUUUUUAAACCCAGUUUAAAAUUUGGAGUACAGAAGAAUCUACAUACAUAUAUCUACUUAAUAUUAUAAGGCUGAAGGGUAUGUUUAUUGGUUUACUUAAACAUGCUAAUCUCAGAAACUAUUAGUCCGAUUUGAAAUCGCUGGCAGAAGCUAGUCUAAAAUCAUAAUGGCAGCUGCAAUAUUACUUGCAAAUGAAUUGUUUAUUGUAAUGUUUUAAUGUUAGUACAUAUAAGAUAUCAUGUUGAUAAAAUGUUUUAUGGAUUUGUAUUAAUUGAUGUUUUUGGAAAUCCCCCAUUGGAUUGGUCAUUGACACGGAACGCUUUCAAAGUAGCGGAUUUUUGGCAAGAUUUUCUGCACUCAGCAAAUAAUUGGCUUGUUUGAAAGCGCUCUUAGAAAAAUACAUAUUUUUUUUAUAUUGUAAUGUUCGUAGUAGAUAGUCAUGGUGACUGAUUAUAAAAUUAUUAUUUACUAUAGGUCACAAUAAGAAACUUAUUUAUAACGGUUAUUAUUAAUUUGGACCACCGAGAUUGGAAAAAUACUUGUUUUAGAUCAUAAAUUUACUUUUACAUCUAGCUUAUAAUGUUCAUAAGGAACCCUUUUAUAUAAUUAGCUACUUAUUUGCCAAUAUUUUACUUUUAAUGUAUUUGAUAAGUUAUUGUAAAAUUUUAGGUACAUAUUGUGGUUACAUGUUUUAAUCGUUUUGUAGGUUUAUUAUGAAAAGUUGUAUCCUACACAGUCCUUGUGUUUUGUGAAGUAGGAAAAGUAGUGUUAUAUACAAUUAAAUUUUAAUCUAAAAACACUAAGCAUGAUCAAAAUCAUUGAUGAAAUAUAAUUGGAAUUCCCUGGUCAACUAUUGCCUUUUAAAAUUGUCACAAGAAAAUGUUCUCUUAAAACACGUAGUUAUAGUUUAUUUAGUUUUAAGAUUUUGCAAUAAUCAAUGUGCCUUUAAUGUAAACAUUGUCUUGCCUUACCCAAGAUUGUAAAAAAUAAUAAAAAAAUAAACCUAUUUGUAUAAAACUAUAUCCAAAGAGGGCUCCAUUCCGUUCAUGAGAUCUGUAGAUCCGAAUGUAUAACGAUAUUAUUAGAGAGAUUUACUCAAUAAAUAUUUUUAUUUAA